AACACUAUACUUAUGUCGUUUACAGAAUAUAGCAAUGUUUUUUCGCCACACGCCUGUUGUGGAUUUAUAAUUUGUAAUUAAUCCCGUCUCAUCUGGGUUACCAGUAGUCCUACAACAAUCGAUAUAUGUAAGUUACAUUUUAACUUAAUUGAUUGUAUUGUAUUUUUCACAAUCCGUAAUGUCCUAUUAUUAUUAAUGAGAAUGCACGCACCAUUAAUUAUAGCGCGGUUAAUAAAUAAAACCGAUGUUACCAAGUGAUCGGUGAAUUGGAGGGUUGCAAGCGCGCAAAUCACAGUUUUGUGUCAACCAUAACUGUAGCCUGCAGAGGGGAAAGUUUACAUCUUGUAUAUAUAAAUAUAUAUCAGUCAUGUUUUUGGCAUGAGAUUUAUCCAACAGAAGACCGUAUUGCAGUAAAUCAUUUUCAUGCAAAGUCCUGUUGUAGUUCAGUAGAACAUACCCCAUCGUGUUUUUUUGGGGAAAUAAAAUGUAGGCUACUUUCUGCGUUCUGCACGAUGCUGUCACUUGAAAAGAUAUAUAUGUAUAUAUAUAAUCGAGGACCCGUGCACGAACGACUUCCAUCCAGACCCGACUUUCUUCCCUGAUUUUGGAGGCUUUGACAGAAGCUGAGAGUGAAGGAUUCAACAUGCCCAGGUCGUUUUUGGUGAAGAGUAAGAAAGCUCACAGCUACCAUCAGCCGAGGUCCAUAGAAGACGACUACAACAGACUGGAUAAUAUUUUAGCACAUAUAUGUGCAGAAAUUAAAAUUCCAGAAGAAGCGAGUUGCCACUCUGAGUCUCCUGGUUCAGAUUCCAAAGGCAGAUUCUCGCCGGAGUCUCACCUGGUUGAGACGGCUGACUUCUCCUCCAAGUCUCCGCUGAGCUGUGAAGGUAGUGUCUGUGGCCAAUCUUCAGACUAUGAAGAUUACUGGAGGCCGCCUUCUCCAUCUGCAUCACCGGAUUCAGAAAAGUCACUCUCUCCAUCUGUAGACGAGAGCCACCCGUUCUCCAUCCCUUUCAGACCCUUUGCCUGGAGUAAUUACCCUGGAUCUGAACUAAGGCACCUGGUGCAGCAGAAUUAUCGCCACCCUGCCCUCCAAAAACGGAGCACCGACCUAGCGCUUUAUGGCGAGAGUGGCUCUGACAAUGCUGUUUUUAGCGAGCGGAGUUCAGCAAUGGGACUUUACAACGACUAUAGCUCAGGGACCGGAAUCUUCGAAAGAAACUCCCCGACUAGACGCUAUCCGGAGCACGCCCGCCGUCUGCACGACAAGGUGCCCGAGAUCAAGGCUGAGUCAGACCUGCUCUGCACCCGCCUUCUUCUCAACGAAUCGUACAAGUGUAUUAAAUGUAGCAAGGUAUUUUCCACUCCUCACGGGUUGGAGGUUCACGUGCGAAGGUCUCACAGUGGUACCAGACCUUUCGCCUGUGAAAUCUGUGGGAAAACAUUUGGGCACGCAGUAAGCUUGGAGCAACACAAAGCAGUUCAUUCUCAGGAGCGAAGUUUUGAUUGCAAAAUAUGCGGUAAAACUUUUAAAAGAUCUUCAACUUUGUCUACUCACUUGCUAAUUCAUUCCGAUACCAGACCUUAUCCCUGUCAGUACUGUGGCAAAAGAUUUCAUCAGAAGUCGGACAUGAAGAAACACACCUUCAUUCACACAGGUGAGAAGCCUCACAAGUGUCAGGUGUGUGGGAAAGCCUUCAGCCAGAGCUCCAACCUGAUCACGCACAGCCGCAAGCACACCGGCUUCAAACCGUUUGGCUGCGACCUCUGCGGAAAGGGGUUCCAAAGAAAAGUGGAUUUGAGAAGACACAAAGAAACACAGCACGGACUGAAAUAAUAAUCACAAGAAAACACGGACUUUAAACCAGCACAUGUAGGGAAAACAAACCCGCCACACCAAACACUAAAGUGUAUAGGAGCCGGGCGUUAUUACACACUUAUUAGCACCAGUGGCGUAGCUAAGAGGUAGUUUUAGGUGUUUGAACCCCCCCCCCCCAAAAUGGAAUAGUCAACUACGUGGGACAAGAAAAAAUAUCAGCCAGCCAGCCAGCCAGCACCCCCCCCGCGCACCCCCCGC